AUGGUAUGCAACGAGAAUCAGGAGGAAGCAGUAGAACAUAGAUGGAAGUGGGGGAUCGAGGAGAUUGCAGUAGUGGACCAGUACACAUACCUCGGAGUAGAGAUCGCAAAAGACUGCUCGUGGAAUGCACACAUGUCCAAGGUAGCGGAAAAGGGCAAAGCACGAGCAGGGAAGCUGCACCCAAUACUCGCAAACCGGCACCUCGAUACACGCAUCAAAUUGACGGUUUUGAAGAGCGUAAUCGUACCGCCGCUAGAGUACGCCGGAGAAGUAUGGGAAGGAAAUAAGAAGGUAGUGAAAGAACUCGAGGCGGCGCAGAUGAAAGCAGCGAAAAUCAUCCUAGGAUGCUCCACGCGCACAAGUAAUGCAGCCGUGAGGGCAGAAUUGGGGAUCCAAUCCCUACGGUCGGGAAGAGACGCGAGGAAGCUGACCUGGCAGUAUCGCAUGUGCGGGAUGGGAGAGGAGAGGUUGCCGAGAAUUGUAUGGGAGGCGAAGUGGGCAAACAAAAAGAGGGGUAGACAACCCACGGAAUGGGUCAAGGUUGUAGAGGACGUAUGGAAGGGGCUCGACAUCGACGAAGAUGAAACGCUGGAAACGGAGGGUCUACAGGGGUUCAAGGAGAAGAUAUCUGUUGCUUGUGCCGAGAGAGAAGAACAGAAUCUGAGGAAAGAAUCCAAGGAUAAGGAGGGUCUAGAAGUGUACGGAAUGUUGAAGGAAGGAAUAGGGUUCAAGGACUACCUACAUGGACCAAUGGAUGCAGGAACAAAGCUUAAGGUCAAAUUCAGGACCGGGGACAUAGGCCUUCGAGAACGUCGACGAAGACAUAGGACGGUAGACGAGGAAGACGACGAGUUCAAAUGUGAUUGCGGCUUCGAAUGCGAAGACCGUGUUCAUGUAGUCGCGGAAUGUCCGUUGUACAAGAAGGAGAGGGAAGUGUACGUGACUGAGCUGGGAAAAAUAGAUGGAACGUACAGGGAGAUGUUUGAGGCAUGGAAUAGAGAGGAAAGGACGGUAGUUGUACUGGGGCAUAGCAGACUAGGCGAGACAUUUUUGAGCCACCUUUGGCAAAGUAGAAAGGAACGAUUGGCCAUCGGUGAUCGGUUCUGUAGAAACAAUGCUCCGUCCUCUCGAGGACGCGUGGUCAAUGGUCUAACCGCUAAGGCAUGCAAAACAUAA